UGAAACGCCGGAAAAGCUGCAUGUAAUACGUUAUGUGUGUUUUAUUUUCUGUUCUCUUCUGUCUUUUGUACUAAAAUCUCAAAUUGAUUUAAGCUGAUCGGAAGUAGUAAAUAUCUGCUAAAAUGCUGUCUCUUGAUUUCCUCGAUGAUGUGCGGCGCAUGAAUAAACGCCAGCUCUACUACCAGGUACUGAACUUUGGUAUGAUUGUUUCUUCAGCACUGAUGAUCUGGAAAGGCUUGAUGGUAGUCACAGGCAGUGAAAGUCCUAUUGUGGUUGUACUCAGUGGGAGUAUGGAGCCAGCGUUUCACAGGGGAGAUCUACUCUUCCUGACCAACAGAGUAGAAGAUCCCAUCAGAGUUGGCGAAAUUGUGGUCUUUAGGAUAGAGGGAAGAGAGAUUCCUAUAGUACACAGAGUUCUUAAAAUCCACGAAAAAGAAAACGGAGACAUUAAGUUCUUGACCAAAGGUGAUAACAAUGCAGUGGAUGACAGAGGACUGUACAAGCAGGGGCAGCACUGGCUGGAGAAGAAAGAUGUUGUGGGCCGAGCCAGAGGUUUUGUGCCAUACAUAGGAAUUGUUACCAUCCUCAUGAAUGAUUACCCAAAAUUCAAGUAUGCGGUUUUAUUCCUCCUGGGUCUCUUCGUAUUGGUCCACCGGGAAUGAGGAGCCGGCCAUCAGGGGAGCUGCUGCCGGGCUCAUUACAGACACAUCGCCAGUGUUAGAAAGAGAUUUUGUGUAAUGUACAAAUUCAGUUUACUAUUGGAAAUCCUACAGCUGUAUUCGGAGUCAAAGACUGCUUUUCUACUCAAGCCUUACCAGGCAGCGGUAUCCAACCUAAACUCCAAGCUCUACAAGUCAUUUGCUUUGUCGUCCUGGGGGGAAACUUCGGUCUUAAUUAAGAUAUGCUCUGUAAUUUUUACACAUUUGUUGCCUUUUGCCAACCCCAGUUGCAUUUUUGGCCAUUUUCUUUUUUUCAUAUAUGUUAGGAACCAACUUGUCUGUCAUACGUUUUUAAAUUUAGUCAUGUAAGUUUUUUUUAUAUUUAAAACAUCAGCAGCAGCUUAAACUGAUGUAGCAUCAGUGCCCAUGCACAUAUAGUUGAACAUAGUACUGAGCUCUGAAGACCGGCUUUGGAGUUAGUCAAAAUUCAGCCGCCUUUAGCCUCUGAAAACACUGCAAGGAAGUGUAAUGUCCCAAGGUUAUCAGAUGCCUAAUUUGUGAAAACAAAAAUAAAAUAAUUUCCAUUUUCUCUGAA